CGCCACUGUAGGGCUGUCAGUGGUUGGAAGAGGCGCAGAGUCAGAACAUAGGCUACACAAGUUGUGGUGGAGGGAGUGAGUACAUGCUUAAAUACUCUAUAGCAGGCUACAUGACCAAAGACCAUGCCAAGUAAAGGUGGAGCAGCGACAGCGUGGCAAGAUUCUUAUCGAUUGUUUUUAGAAUCUACGCAUUGUUAUGCUUAACAUUCGGGAACGAACGUCAAGAUUCUGAAAAAAAUGCUAUUUGAGAGAAAACCUGGCGUCUCUCGUUCUCGUAUGCAUAUGAGAAAAUCGUCGUGGAGUUCAUGUGUCUUAUUCGACGAAGCGGCAAUGUUUAGAGCUUGCGGAGGGGCAGCCCUUUGGAGUAUGGCUGAAUAUUUACUGUAAUAGUUAGUCAGAUGUAAAGCAUAGGUUGACCGAGAAAAUAGACAGAGACCGUGCGUCAGACACGUGCUGAAUGUAGCCUACAGGGGCCGGUUACCCUCUGGAUUUCUUUUUUCGCUAUAAUACAAAGUAGCGGCUCCAAAGGAUGCAGGUGAAAAAACAGAGGGGCUCGGACACGAGCACUGGAGAGGGUACCCGUAAAAAGUCAUCAUGCUUCUCAAACAUCAAGAUAUUUUUGAUAUCGGAAUGUGCCCUGAUGUUGGCACAGGGCACUGUUGGAGCCUACCUGGUGAGUGUCCUGACCACCCUGGAGCGACGAUUCAACCUCCAAAGUGCCGAUGUGGGUGUGAUCGCCAGCAGCUUUGAGAUUGGCAAUCUAGCUCUUAUCCUAUUCGUCAGCUACUUCGGGGCCAAAGCAAACCGGCCAAGGUUGAUUGGCUGUGGGGGUAUCGUCAUGGCUCUAGGAGCUCUUCUGUCAGCACUGCCAGAGUUUCUAACCAACCAAUACGAGAAAAAGCCAGGGCAGACAUGGAGGACUGAGGUGGGCAGGAAUGGGUGCGCCAACAGUACCAGGAAUGGUGGGCAAUAUAUAGAGGAGUUGUGUUCCAACAAGGCAAACACCAACAUGAUGUACCUGCUGCUGAUUGGGGCCCAGAUGCUGCUGGGGAUUGGAGCCACCCCAGUUCAGCCCCUGGGUGUGUCCUACAUAGACGACCAUGUGAAGAGGAAAGACUCCUCUCUGUAUAUAGGGAUCGUCUUCUCUACUUUGGUGUUUGGGCCUGCCUGUGGUUUCCUCCUGGGGUCCCUCUGCACCAAGUUCUAUGUGGACUUCCUCUUCAUCGACACCAGUAAGCUGGACAUCACUUCUGAUGACCCUCGGUGGAUCGGAGCCUGGUGGGGGGGCUUCCUCCUGUGUGGUGCCUUGCUCUUCUUCUCAUCCCUCUUCAUGUUUGGCUUCCCCCAAACCCUGUCAGACCGAGAGAAGGACAGGGACGGUGGAGGGGAGAGUGAGCAGGCCAUGCUCCCCUCUACCUCUCUGCCCCUGGACUAUAAUGAGAUGCCCAAGUCAAGCAACGGGGUCGUACACAAUAACCAUGAGCCUGUCAACGGCCCCACCUGCUUUCAGCAGCUCAGAGUGAUCCCUAAAGUGACCAAGCACCUCCUGUCCAACCCAGUGUAUACCUGCAUCACGCUGGCUGCCUGUAUGGAGAUUGGUGUAGUGGCUGGCUUCGCUGCCUUCCUGGGGAAGUACCUGGAGCAGCAGUUUAACCUCACAACCUCUUCAGCCAAUCAACUACUAGGUAUGACGGCCAUCCCCUGUGCUUGUCUGGGGAUAUUCCUGGGGGGGCUUCUGGUCAAGAAGCUGAACCUCUCAGCCCUGGGGGCCAUUCGCAUGGCCAUGCUGGUCAACCUGAUCUCCACCGCCUGCUACGUCUCCUUCCUCUUCCUUGGCUGUGACACAGGGCCUGUCGCUGGGGUGACCGUCGCCUAUGGCAACGAGACACUGCGGGUGGGCGAGAAACCAGAGGUCCCCUGCAUGAGUAACUGUAACUGCUACACCUCCUCAGUCAGCCCAGUGUGCGGCUCCAACGGAGUCACCUACCUGUCCUCCUGCUUUGCAGGCUGCACUACAACAAAUUUGACAGGGUGUACGUGUAUAUCCAGUGACAGUGAGAUGGCCACAGCUGUCCCAGGGAAGUGUCCCAGUCCAGGCUGCCAGGAGGCCUUCCUCACCUUCCUCUGUGUCAUCUGUGCCUGCUGUAUGAUCGGCUCCAUGGCUCAGACACCCUCCGUCAUCAUCCUCAUUAGGACUGUGAGCCCUGAGCUGAAAUCAUAUGCUCUUGGAGUUUUGUUUCUCUUGCUGCGACUACUUGGAUUCAUCCCCCCUCCUCUGAUCUUUGGUGCUGGGAUUGACUCAACUUGCCUUUUCUGGAGUACAGAGUGUGGGGAUAAGGGAGCCUGCCUGCUGUACGACAAUAUCGCCUACAGACAUCUGUAUGUGAGCCUGGCCAUUGGUCUUAAGAUCACCGCCUUCAUUCUGUACACCACUACCUGGUACUGUUUACGCAGAAACUAUAAGAAAUACAUCAAAAAUCAUGAGGGCUAUACGACACCAACCGAACUGUUCCCCUCCAGUCUCACAAUGGACAACAUGAAGGAUGGGAGUCAGAACCCAAACAGGACAACGUUUAUAUACAACCUAGAGGACCAUGAGUUGUGCGAAAACAUGGAGUCGGUUUUAUAGUUUCUGAACCAUCCAAAGGACUAUCUGCUACAUUCAUUAUUAAAUAAGAUCAUAAAUGACGAUCAUCCUCCUUUAUAUUUUUUUUAAUUAAACAUUAGAAUGUUUUCUAUCUGAAGUCCUAUACAGGCCCUGGAAGACUGUUGCUGCUCUCUUCUCCUUGGUAACUUUUGAUAGAGGCCAUUUUGUUUGUAGAGGUGUUAUCAGCAAGGGUAUAGUUCAGUACCAGUGAACUCUGUUGUGAUUGUUAGUAGAAGACAACUACUGUCUGGCUCUGUCCUGCUCCUAGGUGAUUAGAUGGUCAAUAUUAUGCUACUGUUAUAGGCGCCAUACUUCUACCCGCUCGAGUAUAACAUGGAUCCAGUCACAGAAAAUGACAGGACAUGUUUGGUCAGUUUCACUAUGUGUUACAUUUCGUUCCCUUCCACCAUGGAACCAAGACAUAAGUAUAAAUGAUAGGACGUUUCUCCACGUUGCCAAGAAUAUAUAAAUAAAGAGAUGUGUCAUUCUGUGUUGCGUAAUAUACGUUUUAUUUUGAUGAAACAAACAGAGAGCUUUCUCAUGUACUAUAUAGUGGAGAAAGUAGAGCGCUUCUAUAGGACGAUGGUCUAACGUUGCUGUAUGCAUUCAGUAUCAGAAUGAAGUUCAGUGGUAGUAGCUGAAAUGGUGUUAAUGUCAGCAUACACUGUACAAAAACAGUACUCUUACUGGAACACAGACACUGUUUACGACUAUAAACAUAGAAUUGAGUUUGUCUUUCUAUGGGUUCAAAUGUUAUAUUAUUCAUAUACAUUUCUAUCAUUGUGAAAGAGAUAAAUCUGUCUUUUUGCAGAGUCCUUUCUGAAUGUUGUAAACGUUUCUUUUCUUUUCUAUUUACAUGUUUUAUUUGCUUAGUUUAUUUAACCCUAAUAUGUCUUAAUAUGAGGGAUUAUCCAGAUAAGAAGUAUUAUUUAUGUUUUGAGGGGGGCUUUUGCGCCAUAGUAGAAAAGCAAAGAUUGGAAAAUCAACAUGUCAUUAUAACACACACAGAAAGACAUCUCUUCAAGCUAAACAAUGGAGAUUCAAGUUUAUAUAUUUGUACUGUAUAUGUGAGGUUCAGAAUGUUGUAUUAGAAUUAACUAAACUGAGAUGAUAAUAUAGAAAUUUGAGAUUUAAUUAUUUAAAAAAUGUUUAGUUGUGAUAUGCAUCACACAUAAAAUGGGAGCCAAUGUCAUAACAAGAGAGGAAUAAGAAACAAAGUUCAAAGCCAACUACACCAGUGCUUUGCGUAGGGCAGAGCAGAACUGCUUGUUACCUCAGAGCAUGCAGAAUCUGCAUGUGAAGUCACACAAAAGGUACUGGGAGUAAUUUAUAUGCAAUGGCUGAUAAUCCUACAACAAGGUAAUAGGCAUUCUUAUUUUGUUAUCCCUUGACAUAUUUUUUUGAAGACCCUCAAGGCCUGAUGGCACACCUAACUUAUUUUACAGUUUCUCUACAGCAAAGGUUUUAGCAUUGUCCCUUUUCUUACACUUUUUUGUAUGGCAAAAUAUAAUUUAUUUUACUCUGGAAAUAAAAUUAUUUUUUUGAAAAUAA